CGCCCCGCUCCCCCGCGGUGUAGGAGCAGCUGACCGAGUCGGAGCGUCGCGGCGGUGGCAGGACUCCUGAUUAUAUUUCACAACUGAACAAUUUUAACCGAGCUGAAGCAUUCUGCCUUCCUAGUGGUACCAGUCCAGUUUAGGAGAGCCAAGCAGAUUAUCAGCUGUCAUGGCGAACCUUGGCUACUGGCUGCUGGCCCUCUUUGUGACCAUGUGGACUGAUGUGGGCCUCUGCAAGAAGCGGCCAAAGCCUGGAGGGUGGAACACUGGCGGGAGCCGGUACCCUGGGCAGGGAAGCCCUGGAGGCAACCGCUACCCUCCUCAGGGUGGGGGCUGGGGGCAGCCCCAUGGCGGGGGCUGGGGGCAGCCUCAUGGUGGGGGCUGGGGACAGCCUCAUGGCGGUGGCUGGGGUCAGCCUCAUGGCGGUGGCUGGGGUCAAGGAGGGGGCACCCACAGUCAGUGGAACAAGCCCAGCAAGCCAAAAACCAACAUGAAGCACGUGGCAGGUGCCGCUGCGGCUGGGGCCGUGGUGGGGGGCCUUGGCGGCUACAUGUUGGGGAGCGCCAUGAGCAGACCCAUGAUCCACUUUGGCAACGACUGGGAGGACCGCUACUACCGUGAAAACAUGUACCGCUACCCGAACCAAGUGUACUACAGGCCGGUGGACCAGUACAGCAACCAGAACAACUUCGUGCACGAUUGUGUGAACAUCACCAUCAAGCAGCACACGGUCACCACCACCACCAAGGGCGAGAACUUCACCGAGACAGACGUGAAGAUGAUGGAGCGCGUGGUGGAGCAGAUGUGCGUCACCCAGUACCAGAAGGAGUCCCAGGCCUAUUACAACGGAAGGCGGUCCAGCGCAGUGCUUUUCUCCUCCCCUCCCGUGAUCCUCCUCAUCUCCUUCCUCCUCUUCCUGAUAGUGGGAUGAGGGAGGCCCUCCUGCUCGUACCUUCCAGUUCUUGUGGUCUAGGCUGGGGGAGGGGUUCUCCACCCGCAGCUCUUUUACUUGAGGUGGUGUCUCAUUCUUCUCUUUGUCCCCCAUAGGCUAAUACCCUUGGCGCUGAUGGGCCCGGGGAAAUGUACAGUAGACCAGAUGCUAUUCGCUCCAGUUCCCUUUGCCUGAGUCCAUCACGGGCCAGUGCUAACACCGGGCCAGUAAGAAUAUAACAGCAGAUAACCGCUAGCUAGUCAGGCCUUUGCUUUGGUCUAGUGAGUAAAUACUGGUAUGACCCGAGACUUCUGCCCAGAGUACACAGUCACAGCACAGGUGAAGGGUUCUACGACCAGAGAAGCCACUGUUUGGGCAUGGUGCCCUGGGAAGCAGCCUCCCGCUUGGGAUAUUUAGAAUACCCGUGUGUGGCAUUCUUUGUUUCCUAGCAUAAACUAUAACCUAUUAAAGCAACGGGGGAAAAUCAAGUUACCCUACUGACACCGAAAGCAAGCCUUUGUUCAUCUUCUAGGAACGAGAAUGAUUCCUAACCUCCCUUAGAUCGAGCGAGGAGAUUUUUGACUCCGAGGAGAGGCAGCACUCCUGUGAAGGGAGAGAUGGUUAGGGUGCAAAGGCAAGACACUAAUUUCUUUUAAUCUCUUCAUUUCCGUCUCAUAAUUGUCAAAAGCUAGAAUUAGGUCAUGCCCUUAUUUUCUGUACUUGUAUUUGAACCCAACAACAAAGAGACAAUCUAAAAGUGCUCUUAGGUUGCAGAUGAGAGAAAUAGGCUCCAUUCCAAAGUGGGGAAGAAAAUCUGUUAGCAUUAAGUAAGACAAACUUUGUCCUUAAAUCGUUUCAUAUUUCCCUGAGCAGACGUACAGACUCAGCAGUAGCGUCCGCCUGCACUGGGGUGAGCGGUGUAGAACAUAGGAAGUAUGACUUCAAGUGGACACCCUCUUUUUGUCGCCUCUCGAGUGUGUGGUGCACUGGCCAUUCCUUCUGGUACUAAAUGCUUACUGUGUGACCCUCAGGCUUUCAACAUGCACUAAGUUCCACGUAUGAACCCAAAGUGGACCCCGAGCUGGUCGUUGAGAUCUGCAUGUACUUCACGUUUUCUAUAUUUGUAACUUCGCAUGUACCUGUUUUGUCAUAUAAAGAGUUUAUAAUGUUUGCUAUCUGACCGACAUUAAAUAGGAGCUGUGAUGAA